AUGGCUCCCACCAAUCCUCAACUGCAUCCUGCAGUCACCUUCAAUAACAAGGUGCGUAUGUUCUACGCCCGCCUGAAAAGAGGGUCUGACCCAAGUCCUUCUUCGUUCACCACAGUGGUGUAUCACCAUGAGAUUCUCGUCACUCCCUCUCUUUUGGCCGAAACUCUUGGCCUUCCCUGUCAAGGAUCCUCUGCUGCCACAAAUGAUGACUUUGCAGAGCUUCGCUUCGACUAUGGGUCUGCCCUGGAAUCUCUCACUCACAAUAUUGGUCGUCACUUUUCCAAUAUGCUCUCAGCUGGCAGAUUAGCAGAUCGUUUCAAGGUGAUGCAUGUUUUCAUCACUCGCAUCCUGCUUCCUCGCUGCCUGUCCAGUAAUGAGUUAGCUCAUCCUUCGGAUGUUUGGAUCAUGGCUAAUGCUCGUGAUUGGGUUGUGGUUUGCGAUGUUCGAGAAGAUCUACGUGCUCAGCAUGUUCUUGCUCGUGUCGAUGCUUCUGUUGGUAGACAAAAGCAUGUCAUUCACUCAGGGGGAGAGCAUACUGAUGUCACUCCUGCGAAUCAGCUGGUUCAUGCCCUAUUAGAUGCUGCCUCUGCUGUACUGGAUCAGAAAAUUCGAACUAUCAAAAGUAAGGAGCUUUGUAGCUUAGAGUACUACAAGGCUCAAAUUGAAACGGCAAAGGAAGCUGAACCAAGUGACAUCCAGGAGGAAGAAGGAGAGGGUGUGUCUGAUUAUGAGUCACCUCCUAAGUAUGAGUUCUAG